AUGGCGAUCUGUACUUAUAACGCACGUACGCUUGCAUCGGAAGCGGCCAUCGAAGAUCUGAUGAUGCAAGCCAAGAAGAUCAAGUACGACGUCAUCGGACUGACCGAGACGAGACGACGUCACCCUCUCAACGCCGUAUAUGAAACUGGAGAAGAACUGUUCUUAGGAACAUGCGACAGUAGAGGUGUUGGUGGAGUUGGCGUCCUCGUCAACACGAGUAUGGCAAAGAACAUCGACUCUUUUGAACAACUUACGACCCGAAUCGGACGUCUGCGGAUGAGAAGAUGUGGCCCAAUACCAGCUUUGACUAUCUUCGUCGUUUACGCUCCAACAUCAAGCUACGAAGAAGAAGAAGUCGAAGCUUUCUAUAUGGACCUGGAGAAGUUCUACCAAGAAGAUCAUGCCUUCUACAAGGUCAUAGUUGGCGAUUUCAACGCUAAGGUUGGCCCAAGAAGAACGCCGGAGGAACUUCACAUCGGGACCCACGGCCUACAAUGGAAUGACCAGGGAGAGAGGCUCUCCGAGUUCAUCAUGACGACUAAGACCAUCCAUGGGAACUCGCAAUUUCAGAAGCCCUCUUCUUUACGCUGGACGUGGGAGUCACCCGGUGGAGGGUACCGUAAUGAAAUAGACCACAUCAUCGUCAAUAAAAGGACUACCAUCAACUGGGAUCUCUUCGCUACGUUAGCCGGCUUUUGGGAAGAUUCCGCAAUGGACAACAUCGACGAGGAAUAUGACCGGCUUGUCGAACACCUUCACGACUGCGCGAAGAAGGCUGAGAGUUUUAAAACCACCAAGAGGCGUCUGUCUCUUGAAACUCUUGAGCUGAUACGCCAGCGUGGAGCAGCACGAGCCGCAGGGAACCAAGAACUCACGUCCGAGCUCGCAAGGCUUUGCCGAGAGGCGAUAAAGGAAGACCUUAAAGAGAGAAGAGCAGAAGUGCUGGCUGAGGCUGCAGAGCCGGGAAAAGCAUCCGCUAUGCCCGCCGAGACGUCGCCAGUCGCAAGACGAGGAUGA